ACCAGUAGUCAGCAGACGCAGCACAACACAACAGGGCGCAUGCGGCAGUAAACCUUCAGUUUUCUCACUGUCUUCUCUUCUAUUCUUAUUUCGAUGGGUGCCGGAGGGCUGGCUUCCAUCAUGUUUGGAUUGAUUGCCGAUGCCUUCGGUGGCGCUAGCUUCAAUGCGAUCGGUAUAAUUGCGUUUAGUAUCGCCGGUACUGGUGGCGACGAUGAUACACUCAUGUCCACCGCCGUUUGCUUUCCUGCUCAGACGAUUGGUGCAGCUGGUGGUGUGAUGCCUCUUUUGGAGUUGAUGCCAUUAGAGUACAAACAUCUGCUAGAAGGACCUACUCUAAAAGUAGAUUUGCAUGCUGGAGCCAUUGGUGAAGGAGUUUUGACUUUCGUUAUCACUUUUGUUGUUCUCUUGAUCAUCAUCAAGGGUCCUAACAGCUUGUUCUUGAAUAAUUGGAUGCUUUCCAUGGCAACUAUGGUGGUGAUUCUUGUUGGUUCAAGCUACACAGGUCCUUCAAUGAAUCCUGUAAAUAGCAACUCGACGAGUUGGAAGAAGCUAAAGAAGGCAGAGGAAGAAGCGUUGGAGAUCGCGAAGGAAGGAAUUGAGUCAGCUGAGAAAGGAGUCGAAGCGGAAGAGAGACAGAUCGAGGCUACGUCGAUGGUUAAUGGAAUAUUAGGGCCUGAAAGAUAA